AGAAAGAGAGGGACGGGGUUUUAAAAUUACCGUCUAUUAUCGGUAAACCCUCCUCCUAUCCACCGGCUGGUCCGGUUUUGUGGUCAAUAAUUAUAAAGAUAAUAUCAUAUAUGGGGGUUUAAGCACUCUCUUUUAUUUAAUUUCUUUUUCAUAUGGUGCUUUUCUCAUUGUGAUUUUUCUUUAAAGGGUUUUUGUAUAAUUAUUUGUUCUUCAAUUCCCAUAUACCAUAUAUAAUUUGAGAUUUGUUUGGGGUUCUCCGAUCUUUGUUUUUAUCAGGAAUCUGUACAAGUAAUUUUCUCGGGAAAAUUUUCAUUUUCUUUUCUUGAUUUUUUUUUUGUAUAUAUAUAUGUAUGUAUAUUGGGUUUUAAGAAACUGAAGAUCGUUUCCAUUUAUACAAAAGGUGAGUUUAUUUUCUUAUUGCAUCAUUAAUGAAUUGUUGGUUUUUUUUUUUUUGAGGGGGAGGGGGUUGAAUUAUGCUUAAUUAUGAAGCUUGUUGGCUUUUAAUUAAGUGAAUUUUGAUUCUUGUUGUGAUUUGGAUCGAGAUCUGAUCUGGGUUUUUUUUUUUUUUUUGGUUCGGAGAUGUUGAUCAUGGCAAAUAUAAAAUUUCUGUGAAUUUGUAAUUAUACAUGCCUGUCAGCCUUAAAUAUGGUGUUUAAGAAGAGAUUAGAUUAUGGAUUUAAUACCUUCAACGUCCCAGAUGUGCCCCGUGCCCCUCGAUCUAUUCGGAGGAGGUGUAGGAGUAAGCGGGUAGUCGAGGACAGUCAGAUUUGUGCAUUCGAAUUGUUAGCUUCUUUAGCCGGGAAACUAUUGCAGGAGAGCGAAAGUUCGGCUUCUAGCAAUGCAUCAGAAGGACAUGAUCGUGUUUCCAUAGGUAAAGAUGUCGUUAAACAGGAAAUUCAGUAUGAUGAUGAUGAAAAACCAUUGAAAGUUGAAUGUUUUGAGCAAGGAAGCUGUGACACGAGUGCUGUUGCUUCUGAGUCGACUAAUGAAAACAGUGAUGAUUUGAAGGAAUUUAAACCUGCUGAUUCCGUUUUGGAUCGCGCUUCAAUUAAGACACGGCCUGCUUGUUUGGAGCAAAUGAGUGGCGAUUUGAAGUCUGUAAUUCGCAAAGGCAAUGUAGCAUAUGGGAAUUUUCAUGAUGAUGGGGAUCUAUGCUCUCCUGAUCUCGGGGAGUUAUGUGAUGGUAAAAGCGAGAAUGGGUUUAAACUAGAGCGGGAUGCUAAGGGUUUAGAGACCGGGAAAUCUAGCAUUGCUAAUACUUGCCCCUCAAAAGAUCCAGUUGCAUUGCCUAUGACAUAUUCGGCUCCUGUUAAUUCUAAACGAGAUGUUAAAUUGCCGUCUCGUGGGGACCGUAUUCCUAAUGCUUCUUUUUCAAGACAUAGGAAUGAUAUUAAGUUAGGUAGUAGAGAUGAUGAUGAAAACUUUUCUAGGUUCAAUAGACUUAGCUACAGGUUUAAGGCUUCUAGGCCUCCGACACGUAUCGGAGACCGAAGGAUAAGGAAGUUGCUGACAUCCAAAUAUUGGAAAGUAGCUCCGAAGUUGAAGGAUUUCGAACAUUCUAAAGCCGAUGGAGGAAUAAGGCCUCUUUAUCGCAAGCGGAAGUCCUACUAUAACUAUGACAGAUGUCAAUACGAAACACACUACAAAAGAAGAAAGUUCUUUGACCGUAGCUCGAUAGUAAAUUCUGAUGGAGGAAUCAGUAGUGAAAGUGUUUGUAAUUCACCCGAAAAGGUUGCUGAUGGAGAUAAGGGUAGUUCCGCGGCAAUGUCACAUGGAGCAUGUGGGAUACCCCCCUUGCUUACAGGUAACAAAGCAUCUCACCAGUCCAAGGAUUCUCAUGUGAAAUUCAGCAUUAAGUCCUUUAGAAUUCCGGAACUUUAUAUCGAGGUGCCAGAAAGUGCAACUGUCGGUUCACUGAAGAGGACGGUAAUGGAGGCAGUGACUGCCUUACUUGGAGGUGGAAUUCGUGUUGGGGUACUACUUCAAGGGAAGAAGGUUCGAGAUGACAGCCGAACUUUAUCGCAGACUGGUAUUUCCUGCGAAGAAAAUCUGGAUUCUCUUGGUUUCACUUUGGAGCCUGGUCCUGCGAAAGCUCCUCCGCCAGUGUGCUCGGAAGAACCACCUCUUCUGAUGUCAUGUGAAAAAGGCCCUCAACAACUAACAAGCCUUCCAGCCACUCCGGUUGCAGAUACAGCGAUUCCCGAUGCCACACCUGACCCACUGUUACUAACCGAUACAGCACAUCCUGUGGAUAGUAAUCAUGAACCGGUUUCCUCCCAAACUGACGUUCUAACUGAUCAAAGUCUAUCGGAGUCUAGAGCUAUAGUUCCUGUUCCAGCAAUGAAUGUCGAGGCACUAGCUGUCAUCCCUGCCAGCCCAAAAGUCCGAAAAACCGAACUUGCACAGCGUCGAACUAGGAGGCCGUUUUCAGUUUUAGAAGUAGAAGCAUUGGUACAGGCAGUUGAGGAGCUUGGUACGGGGAGGUGGCGUGAUAUCAAACUGCGAGCUUUUGAGAAUGCCGAUCACCGAACUUACGUGGAUUUGAAGGAUAAAUGGAAAACAUUGGUUCACACGGCGAAAAUUUCCCCACAGCAAAGACGAGGGGAGCCAGUACCACAGGAACUGUUGGACAGGGUAUUAGCUGCUCAUGCAUACUGGUCUCAGCAUCAAGCUAAACAACAAGGCAAGCAACAACCCGGAACUUUGAUGAUCACUGACACCGAACCCGACAGAAACAGACUUGCAACAGUCCCAACCGUUCCGAUGUAAAAAGGUAAACCAUUGACCAAGAACAAGAAGAAAAAGAAAAAAAUAUGUACAAAUUUGAUUGACAUUGUUAUGUAAUAUUCCUCACACUACUCACUUGAUUCAUUUCCCAGCCAUUGACAUUUUGUAAAUGAAUUCGACGAAAAAAAAUAAGAUCGGUCUAACCGGAAUUUUUACGGGUA